AUGAGUAUAUUCUUAUGUAUUGUAGCUGUUAUUAGUAUUUUUUUAAAUAGAGCUCUUGUUUACAGUUUUAUUCGAUAUAAAGUUCUUAGUACAUCACCUAAUAUACAUGUUAUGUUGAUUUCAAUUAUGAGUCUUUUGGCAUCAUGUACAAUUCUUCCAUUGACUGAUACAUCAUCAGUUUAUUGUAAAUGGUUAUAUAAGCGUGCAGGAUGUCAAUUUAAUGCUGUUAUUGUAUUUUUCUAUGGAUGUUCAAGUUCAUAUUUACUUUGUGUAGUAAAUCUUAGUCGAUCAUUUCGAGGUAAAUAUUAUGUUAUACCAUCAUUAAUUACUUUCAUUUUUACUUGUUUUACUAAAUCAUCGGUUAUAUGGAUUUCAUUACUUUUUAUUGGUACACCUACUCAAUUUAAAUUAAGAUUUAUUAAUGUAAAUCGAUUAAAUUAUAGGACAAAAUUGUACAUACACUUGCAUUGGUUCGUAAUAAUAACACUUCAUUUACUAUUCGUACAGUUCCUGACAAAAGAAAACAUUCAACAAUAUAGACUAAAAUAUAUUCGAUUUAGCCUUGCAAAUAACUGAUAUGUUUUCUUUUUUCUUUUGCCAUAUAAUUGAAAAUCAGCACUAUAUUACAAUAAAAUAGCAGUAAAUUGCAUCGAUUAUUUAAUUUUUCAAGAAUAAUGAUGAAAGAUAUCAAACAAGGAAUUCUUCUGAUUGUGAUACAUUAGAAUAUAAUUGUAAGCUUUUUUUUUGCAAGAUUCAUUUUUUUUUUCUCGAUCUUUUGAAAAAUACAUUUAUCUUGGUAAUAAAAAAAUAAAGCAAGAGAUUAUAACAGAAAAACAACUUUUUGAUAAAACUUAUAUUUAAUUUUGUUUUUGUUUAGAUAUACAUAGAAGUUAUAAACUCAAAUAUACAUCUUCAUUAUUUUAAAAUCAGGAAUAUCUCAUUUUAUCGAUAUUAUCUUAAUCAAUUCCAAUUCUAUCAUAAUUACAUUUUCUAAUAAUGAAAGUUACGUAUGAUAUUUGCAGAAGCUUUUUUUUGUUAUAGCAUAUGGUUAUCAAUUUCUUUAAUUUCUUUGUAUGAUUGGUAAAUGAAGAAAUACUUUAUACUAAAAAAGAAAAAUAAAACAUCGAGGGAGACACAUCGGUAAAAAAAAAUGUUUCGUCACUAAAGUACAAAUUAUACUCAUUGAAAAUAUAUCACACAUUACCUUCGUAUCUAAAACAUAAUAUAUUCUAUGUUUAUUACAAAGGUGAAAUACCACAUUUAGUAACAAUAAUUAUUCAUCUUGUCGAUAACUAAAUAUAUGUUGGUUGUCUAGGCAAAAUACUUGAAAUUGUUUCUUCGUUCCCUACACGUUGUCAUAUAUUACCAUUUUUUUUUGUUGAAGCGAAAAAACCUACAACUUGAAUGUAAAACGUAAAAAAAGCAUCUUGUUGAGUCUAGAAUGUAUGUUGACAUUAGCAACACUAAGCAAGGAAGAAAAAAAAUGUAUUUCAAUAUUUUUUCUUUUUGUUCUCACGUAAGUUAAAGAAGUCGAAAAUUUUAAGUACUUCAUUUAUUGUUUAUAACUUUCGAAAGAUGCAAACUCAAAGUAUUAAAGAGUACUCCAAUAAUAGAGAAAGAUAUAUAAUAUUACAUCUAGAUAAUACGGCAGUUUUUUGUUCUGUAUAACCAUUAAAUCAAUAUUAACCCUUCAUAAUCGAUUCAGUUGUUUCUUAUAAUUACUCUAGUGUUUAUUCUUUAAAAGGAAGAUUUAAUUUUAAAUACACUAAUGAUUAAAACAAUGCGUACAAUAGAAAAACACUUGCUAUGUACUUAUACAAUCAAUCAGUCUACUUGAAAAUCAAAUAAUGAGUUUGACAGUAUAAAAAAAAAACAAGUCAACACUUUACUUUUUACUUUUAUAUUGAUGAUUAUCCGGGUGAUAAACAAUUUUCUUCGCUUGGUUAGGAAAAAAAAUCAUCGUCUCUACAUAGUUCAUUCUGUUGUUUUCAUCUCGUAGGUGUAACUUAGAUAAUUAUAUAGGUUGGUAUCUUUUUUCAAGUUAUUGAUUGAUUCGUCAAGUUUAGUAGUAUGAUAAGAAAUGAAAUCAGUCCUGCUUUAAAGAAAAAACCUGUUUUGUAUACUGAGAAAUGAGAAUCAUUUAUUUUUAUGACAAGGUACUGAUACAAUAAUUUAGAUAAGAGAAAGAAGAUAUUUUGAGAAAAUGAAUAUAGAUACUAUCUUCUUAAUCUUAUGAGGAACUACUGAUUAUGUGUAGUGGUUUGCAAAAAUUUUUGAUCUUAAUCAUUUUUUUAUACUAUUCUUAUUUUCUUAUUCAUUGAUGCGAUUGAGAAAUAUUCAAAAUAAGUUCAAAUAAUUCUUCUCAAUAAGAACACUAAUUUUAAUAAGCUCUUCAACUUUUUUUUUUGAAUUUAACUAAAGAGGUAGUCAACUUUCUGUUGAAUCAUGAUUAUUAUUUUGAGACAUUGAAUUUUAGUUGUUUCGAGCGCUAAUAUAACUUUAUCUUAAGAUUUUUAUAUUAUCACAUAAAUUUUUAUUGUGAUUUACAACCGCAGGCAUUAAAACUGUCAUUAUAUGAGUUGUUACAAAACAAAAAAACAAAAAAAAUACCCAGUUUUGUGCGUAUAUACCGAAGUAAUACUUAUAU